AUGUGUGAAGCAUCCAACUUCCUUUAUGGUUUGGAGGGUGAAGUCCGUGAAAGGCGCAAGACGUUCUGCGAGCUGGUGCGCGUGUCGGCGGCGGUGGCGGGCAUCGAGUUCUCGUACGCGGCCGAGACGGCGUUCGUGUCGCCGACGCUGCUGCAGAUCGGCGUGGCGCACCGCCUGAUGACGCUGGCCUGGGCGCUCAGCCCGCUGGUCGGCUUCUUCGUGACGCCGCUGCUGGGGUCGCUGUCGGACCGCUGCCGCCUGCCCUGGGGCCGCCGCAGGCCCUUCAUCGCGCUGCUCGCCGCCGGCGUCCUGCUCGGACUGAUCCUGGUGCCCAAUGGGGCGGACAUCGGGUACGCGCUGGGCGACCCCCGGCCCGCACCGUCGCCCAGCCCCCCUGGAGCGCUGAACGCGACUCCCCCACUGGAGGUGGUCACCUCCUCAGAGUGGCAGGCGACCAACGCCAGCCUGGGGCCCGGACUCUCCACCACGGACAGCCCCGCAGCGCUGGCCAACGAGUCGUCGGUGGUGUCACGCAAGCCGCAGUCCAGCCACCCCUGGGGCGUCGUCUUCACCAUCCUGGGCACCGUCUUGCUCGACUUCGACGCCGAUGCCUGUCAGAGCCCUGCCAGGGCCUACCUGCUGGACGUCACCGUACCAGAGGACCACGCGCGGGGUCUCAGCACGUUCACCAUCAUGGCCGGCCUGGGCGGCUUCAUGGGCUAUGCCCUGGGCGGCAUCAACUGGGACGCCACCUUCAUCGGCCGCGUGCUGGGCGGACACGUGCGGGCUGUCUUCACGCUGAUCACAUUCAUCUUCGUGGCGUGCGUCACGUACACCGUGACCAGCUUCCGGGAGAUACCGCUGGACGUGCUGGAGGCAGACGAGGCUCGACAGCAGCCACCUGCGGAUCCAUCCGCGUCCUUCCCCUUGGAUUUAUCUGAUAUUACUGCAACCUCUUCCUUACUUGCCUCGUCGAAGUUCUCAACAAGUUCAGGAACUUCGUCGUCUUCUUCAGUGCUAGCUUUGCCGCCUGCAGCACUGUUUGCCACACUCGAUGCCAGGCGCUUUAACCAGCAGGGGAAGCCAGACAGCGCCGAGUACACAAAGAUAUCCACGGAGGCGUCGGUGAAUGGCUACGGUUACGGCAGCGUGUCGCCGGACUAUGCUAACCAGGUUGACGGCCCGCCAGACAGGGCGGAGUACCGGCCCAUCGCGGGCACGGACUCUCCGCUGCACGGCAACGGCUACGUCAACUUCGGCUACGACGAGAGCUACCACAAGCCGGCGCCGGAGGUGAGCCCCCCACUGGUGACAGCACACGCGACGCCCUCGCUGGGACAGUACCUGAUGUCCAUCGUGUGGAUGCCCGGCUCUCUGCGCGUGCUCUGCCUGACCAACCUCUUCUGUUGGAUGGCCCACGUCUGCUACUCCCUCUACUUCACAGACUUCGUCGGCGAGGCCGUCUUUGGCGGCGACCCUCAGGCGGAGGACGGCACGAAGGCGCGCCAGCUGUACGAGGAGGGCGUCCGCUUCGGCUGCUGGGGGAUGUCCAUGUACUCGCUGUCCUGCGCCUGCUACUCCUUCAUCAUCGAGAGGCUCAUCAACAGGUUCAGGGCGCGCAAGGUGUACGUGGGCGGGCUGCUCUUCUACAGCGCCGGCAUGGCGCUCAUGGCGCUGACCAAGGGCCGCGUCGGCGUCAUCCUCUUCUCGUGGACGGCCGGCGUCAUGUACUCGACGCUCUUCACCAUGCCCUACCUGCUGGUCGCGCACUACCACGCCUCCGGCACGUUCUCGGUGUCGGCGACGGGGGAGGCGCUGCCGGGGUCCCAUGUGCGCGGCCUGGGCACCGACGUGGCCAUCGUCAGCUCCAUGGUGUUCCUGGCGCAGUUCGCGCUCUCCAUGUGCAUGGGCGCCAUCGUGAGCGCGGCCGGCACCACCACCGCCGUGGCGGCCGUCGCCUCCUUCCUCGCGCUCUGCGGCGCCGUCUGCGCAUCGCAGGUGAUGUACCUCGACCUGUAG